AUGAGUGACGAAUAAAUUGAAUAACCAAAUGAUGAAAAUCAAGAAUAAUAAAAUGAUCAAGACCCUUUGCCAGAAUAGAAUGAGGAGUAGGUCGGGGAUCCUGAAUAAACAGAACAACCAGCGUAGCCUCAGGAGGAAGAGCCAGAAAUGCCACCAGAAGAGGACGAAGAAACUAGACGGUUACGAUUAGAGAGAGAAGAAUAGGAAAGAAAAGAGAGGGAGGAAAGAGAGGAGCAGGAAAGAAAGGAAAGAGAAGAAAGAGCGGAAUAGGAAAGAAUUGCUAGAGAGGAAUAUGAGGCUAAAUUGAAAGAAGACACUGCAAAAUUUAAUGAAUUAGUUUUAUAAGGAAUUUCAGGAUUGAGCAAAACUCAAACUGUUUAUGCGUAUAUGAAAUUAAAUCUAGCCGAAAAGGACAUAGAUAGGAUAUUUUAGAUUAAUCAUUUGAAUCUCAGAUAUAUUGAUAUCUCAUAAAAUAGAAUUGUGGAUAUUACAAAUAUAUUGCCUUUAAAAUAUUUGGUUUCACUAAAUGCUUCGAAGAAUGAGAUUAAUAGUCUCUCCUAUUUUAAGGACCCUGAAGCAUUCCCCUACCUACAAUACUUGAAUCUCUCUACAAACAAAAUCAAUACUCUUGUUACACUCUCACUCAAGAGAUUGAGGAGAUUGAAUUUAAUCGAAAAUGAAAUUACUACUGCAAAUGAAUUUGAGGGACAUGAAAAUAUUGAAAUCCUUGAGUUAGGAAAAAACAAACUGAAAACUACAGAUGGAUUAGCAAAUAUGCCAUAAUUGAAAGAACUCUAUUUGUAAGGCAAUGAACUUAAAGAUUUUAGAUCUCUCAAUAAUCUACCAUCUUUAUUAAAAUUAAAUAUAAGAGCAAAUAAGAUUACAAAAAUUAAAACUCCUGUUAUAGAAUUCCCACAAUUAUAUUAUCUGAAUCUUAGAGAGAAUUAAUUAGCUAAAUUUGAUGACUUUAAAAAGAUUGCCAAAAUCAGAACAAUAACAACUCUCAACAUGUUGGCAAAUCCAAUUGUGGAUGAGAUGGGUGCUGAUAAUUUCAAAUAAGAGAUCCUAAUGUUUUAUUUCCAUUUGGUUCGAAUAAAUAAAGUAGACAUAACUAAAGAAGAUUAUGAUGAAGCAGCUAGAGUGUUGUAAGAAAGAAGAGAUGAGGAGGAAAGGAAAAGAAUUGAAGAGGAGUAGGCAAGAGAGGAGGCUAGAUUGGCAGAGGAAGCAAGAUUAGCAGAGGAGGCAAGGUUGGCUGAGGAGGCACGUUAGGCAGAGGGAGCAAAAGAAGGAGAGGGAGCAAAAGAAGGAGAAGGAGCUAAUGAAGUUGCUGAAUGA